AUGGCGGCCACCGCUGCCGUCCCGUACUCCGCGUCACCUUCGGGCCAGCAGGAGGACAGCAACAUUUCCAGCCCGUUGAGCGAAGUCGACGACAAGGACGCCAACGACGACGUCAUGGACAUGCAUAUAGAUCCCAGAGACAAGGAUGGGGUGAGGCCUGCUGCCGAGACCCCCCCGGACACCACGCACCACGAUGACUCCGACUCGGAGAGCGUCCUGUCGGACGCCCGCUCAGUGGCCCACUCUGACGCUCACUCAGACGGCAAUGACACCGAGGCCGAGACGGAACGAUUGUACAACACGCCACAUCACCAGAGGCAGAGGGACGUCAUUUUCGAGAAUGACGAUGCUCCCGAUUUCGAGCACACCCCUAGCAAGCUCCGCACGGCUGCCUUGGUCGACGACGACAAUGACCUAGCCGACGAAUCGAUAACAGACGUUGGAGACGGUGCCCCGAACACUCCCUCCAAGUCUAGCAAUGUGAACCACACACCCGGCGAGCAGCUGGAAAAGGGCGACGCAGCCAAGAAUGAUCUGCUUGAUUCACAAGAGAGAAAGCGGAAGCGGUCACCAGCUGCUGACAGCUCCGACCCCGAGCAGCCCCUGCGGAAACGCACGGGUUCAGUUCACGACAUUGCGGGGAAUGCCGACACAGAAAACACCGCAGAAAAGGAUCUCGAAGCGCCCCCCGCUGCUCAUAUCGAUGGUGGCGGGGGCGCCUCCCCUAAGAAGCAGACUACCUCGGCCGACGAAGAAUCCACAGAGCGCGAGACUCGCUCAUCAAAGAAGGCCACCCGUAGGAGUAUGAGGCGCAAGGGUAGUGCGGAUGACCCUGACGAGGAUACUCCCAUUGGCCAUGACGAUGAUGCAGCUGAGAAUGAUGCCCUGGAUGAGCGCGAUCGACUGCGAGACACGGCCGAAGCCGAGGCAGAGGAGGAAGCCGAUGCUGCUGCAAAGAGUACAGAAGAAGGUAUGCUCCCCUCCCUGCCUGCUGCGCACUAUUCACGUUCUUCUUGGCUAACCAGUUCACCAGCCGAGAGGAAACAAGCUGCCUUCAAAGAUUGGUCUCGAAUUGAAGACAUGUUUGGCAUAUUCCGGGAUAGACUUUAUUCCGAUCGACUCCAGCGUCUAGAGGAAGAAGAACGGUCGCUGCUGGCUGACGAGCCCACGCAUCGCGAAUACCUCAACAUGAAGAAGUGUCUCGAUGAUCGACUCGAGAAGAAGCUUCGCGAAGUCGAGAAUGAGUACGAGCUGCGCAUGAAGGCACACCAACGACGAUCGGUUGCGAUCCAUGCACAAAUAUGGAGCCAAUACACCCAGGGCGCGCGCGAGAAGCGCGCAUCUAUCCUCGAGGCCCUCAACCGCGAAUGGUACGACGUUCAGACCGCCCGCCGCAAUGCCCACAGCGUUCCCGAACGCGGCCUUAUCUUCCCCAAAGACCCGGCUCAGCGUAUCAGGAAUGCCGUCGCCUACAACACGGAAGUGUCCACACUAGCUGGCAUCGCCAAGUACAAGGGCUUCCCCGCCGGACCUGACGUCAAAGGAGCCUCGCCAUCCGAGCUCGCCGACGAUUUUAGCAUGAUUGAGCAUUCACGACAUACAAGACAAAGACCAACAUGGCCGCCGCGAGAAGAGUACCAGACCCCUUCGUUCAACCGACUAGGACCUGCCGGAGAGCAAUUUCUCAAAGAGACCCCAUGGGCGAACCCGAACCACUCGUCGCACAAGAUGCUGCUCCAAGAGAUACCAAAAUCGCAGUCUGCUGGUGACCCUACGGCUACUGCCGUGGACGUACCUCUGUCUCAGCAGCGCUCGCCCGCGACGUCGAGUCGACCGUCAGAAUCGCCCGAGUUGACACGGGUCGCACUCAAGGCUGCAAGCUCCAUUAAGCGGACCGGAAACUUGUCGAAUCCAGGU